AUGCAGUCUGGGCUCGAGUUCAAGGGUUAUGCCCUCGUUGACCCAGAGAACUUUACCGAACUCCAGGUAAAGACAUUCAAGCCCAAGCCAUUCGAGGACGACGAUAUCGAGAUCGUCAUUACCCACUGCGGCGUUUGCGGCUCCGACGUCCAUACGCUGAAGCAAGGAUGGGGCGAGAGCAAACUGCCUCUCGUCGUCGGCCACGAAAUUGUCGGCAAAGCAGUUCGUGUCGGCAAGAACGUCAAGGACAUCAAGUCCGGCGAUCGAGUCGGGGUGGGCGCACAGAUCUGGAGCUGCAUGCAGUGCAGACAGUGCAAGGACGGAUACGAGAACUACUGCCCCAAGCAGGUCGACACUUACAAUGCCGAGUACCCCGACGGCACUGUUUCUCAGGGCGGCUACUCGACUGCCAUCCGCGCCCAUCAGCAGUUCGUUUUCCCCAUCCCCGAUGCCAUUGAAUCCAAGUACGCUGCCUCCAUGCUCUGUGGAGGCCUUACCGUCUUUUCUCCUCUCCGCACGAACGGCGCAGGGCCGGGCAAGAAAGUUGGCAUCAUCGGCAUCGGUGGACUCGGGCACUUCGCCAUACUGUUCGCCAAGGGGCUGGGCGCAGAGGUGUACGCGUUCACCCACACCAAAGACAAGAUGCAAGACGCUAAAGAACUCGGAGCCGACCACGUCAUCGACACCACUCAGAAAGAUUUCGCCCAGUCCUUGCAAGGAAAGCUCGACCUCAUCGUCACCACGAUGGACGCGACCCCGCAGCUUCCCAUCAAAGACUUCCUCGGCAUGCUCUACGUUCACGGUCGACUUGUCAACGUCGGCAUCCCUGACAUGGACAAGCCGCUGCCCACACUUCACGCGUUCGACCUCGUGCCCAACGGCGCAUACAUCGGCGGUUCGCACGUCGGGUCGAAGAAGGAGUGUCUGGAGAUGCUGAAGCUCGCCGCGGAGAAGGGCAUCAAGCCUUGGAUCCAGGAGAUGCCCAUGAAGGAUGCGAAGGCGGCUAUCGAAGCCGUCGGCAACAACACCGUCAGAUACCGCUGUGUCUUAACCCAGGACCUGAACUAGGGUCACCAGUCGUCGUUCGCGUAUUCUGUCAAAGAGAACGUUGUAUUCCCCUACUUGUACAGAUAGACAGACCAUUUAAUCGACAUUUGUUAUCGCGGUAGCUAUUCAGUAAGCAUUGUCGGCGAUACCGAACAAGACGCGCUGCAAAAUUAAAGGUCCGGCAUCGACGCGCAACUGCGCCCUGAGAAGCUCGAUGUCCAGCGCGUGUUGGUUGACCGACAGUAGCGCCGCCGCGAACCCUGUAGCCUUGGUGUGGUCGUCGAGGGGGACCACGGAGUUGUAAACCUCCUUGAGCGACUCGACAGUGCGGCCGACGACACCUGCGGCGCCUUCUCGUCGUUGAUGAGGACCUUCAGGGACGUGCGCGUCUCCUCGAUCCCACUGAGCGCGUCCUCGGCGUCCCGCUUGAAGGUUUGCAGCUUGAACAUGUUGUUGUCGAGGCGCAAAAUCUGGCUCUUGAAGCUUGAAGUCCUAUGUGCGCUUCUCGGACUCGGCGAGUUGCUCCUGGGCGCUCCGCAAGGCGAUGUAGCGCGCGACUUUCAGCGUCUGUAUCGGAAGCCUUUGUGCGGGUGAAGCGCAAGGGAAAACAAAAAAAGGAAUUGGACGUACCCUGUCGAAGAGCGAGCUCUGACUGAUCCUGGCGUCGACCUCUUCGUCGUCGUGGUAGCUGGGCAAACUUGCCGCGGUCCUUGAUGUUGUUGCGGUCGAAGGCGACCUGCCACAAGCGGCCGACCGCAAAGACAGCGUCCACAUGGAAGGCGGCGAGCACAGGGAAGACGCACCGCGCUGGAGGCGCGGCGUCCGAGGGACGUCAAGCACGAGGAAGCCAAUGAUGACCGCACCAGCGAUUGCGACCGCACCCUCAAGUGAAGCAUUGCGCACACGAGGUGGGCCGUCCAGUACUUUUACAGGUACGCAGGAGGAUUGCUGAUGUCAGCCAAGAAAGUAGAGAGUUUCAUCCGCAGCUUGAACUCAGAUAGUGAUAGCACGAGUCUGUGACAAUGGCGGACCUAGUGGGACAGUUUGAUUAGGGAGCCGCGUCGCUUGAGGAGAGCACGUGGCGGGGCCUGCUCUGAGCCCAUGUAUCCGAGAAUAGCGUCGAGUGUUUUGGUACGCCGGGGCAUGAACGAAUACUGCGGCUCGGUGAUACCGACCAAGGGUUGGGCAAGGCUGGGUCGAGGCGGUGCCGAGCGCAUGCUCGUUGUAACCGCCCUGUACUGACAUUCGCCGAGAUGAAUCAAGAGGCAACGGGAUGUUGAGGAGUGUGGUGAGCAUCGCGAAAACCCGUGCAGUCGCUCGAUAAGACGUUCGCGUUGACCGAGCACAAGGUCUCGGUAGCUUGCCAGCCGCGAGGCGGUCACGAAACAACUUGCACUACCGGGCAGGCCGGGAUCGUUCAGUUUCCGUCAUAUGUGCAACAACGGGCAUCGCUUUUGGACGAUAUCAGUAAC